GAAAAAAAAGAAAAAAGUAGGUCGGGUGAGUGGUGACCCAAUUAGAUAUAGCAAAGCGCACAAACGAUAAAACGGCUUUUCGCCAUUUCUGAGUAUCAAUCCAAACGAAAUCCUUAUUCCUUUCCCUAACAAAGGGCGGCUAAUUAUUCAUAUUCCAAAUUCCAGUCUGCGUAAUUUCACUUGUAAUAUUUAGCAGGACAAAACAUAGUAAUUCUUAUUCUUUAUCAACACUUGGUGUCUUCAAUUUGAAGAAGUCGGAAGUUAGUAGAAACCAUGGAUGUCGUCCCGCUGCUGCAGAGCCAAUUCAUUGAACAUAUGAAUUCUUUGUACGCGGAGCAAUAUGUGGAUGAUCAGUUUACCCAGUUGCAGAAAUUGGCGGAUGAGAGCAAUCCAGAUUUUGUGUUUGAAGUUGUAACCCUAUUUUUUCAAGAUUCUGAAAAACUCAUUGAUAAUUUGACCAAAGCUCUUGAGCAGCCAGUUGUAGAUUUCAAUCAAGUGGCCAAUCAUGCCCAUCAAUUUAAGGGCAGUAGUUCUAGCAUUGGAGCAAAUAGGGUCAAGAAUCAAUGCGUUAAGUUUCGUGCUUAUUGCGAGGAGCAAAACCGUGAAGGGUGUGUCGCUUGUCUGCAAGACCUGCAGCAGGAAUAUUUUGUUUUGAAAAAGAAGUUUGAAUUCCUUUUCAAGAUUGAGCAAGAUAUUGUGAACAAUGGCGGUACAAUUCCAUCCAGGCAAUGAAUAAUAAGCCAUGGAACCCCUAGCUGUUUAAAGCGAAGCGAGAACAAAGAGAAAAAGUUAGUAAGAUUAAACUGAAUGUUAAGGUAGACCCUUUUGCAGGUCUCCAUUACUCUGAAAUCCAUUGUGAAUAACUGACAUAAUCUUAAAUCUGUUAUUCUACAUACCAUUUUCCUGUGAGAUAUGUAAUUUUCUGGAUUUUUCUAAAGACUAAAUGGCUGAUAAAAAUACUGUAAUUUUUUUGUUUGACAUUCUUGAUCCAUCCCAGUUCAGUU